GCGCGCAUGUUUGUUGUUAUUUCCCUCAAAAGCAAGGUUCACAUCGAUGGCGGCAUCAGAGACAGCACCUCCUCCUCCAGAAGUAGAUCCCGAAAAUCAGUUUUCCUCUCUCGUUUACGACAUAUCAAAUGAAGCCCAAGCGAUCAUGGAGAACAUGCUUAAGAUGAUCGCUGAGAUUAAUCAAAAUUCUGCAGUGAUUGAGAAAGAGAUAGAGAAAUGUAAAGGUUAUGCUCUUGAGAAGAAAAGAGUCUUAGAUGAAGAGAAGGAUCACUUUCAAAAAGCUGCUUAUGCUGUUCUUGACAUGCUCAACAGAGAUUAAAACGCUCUAGGGUAUCAUG